AUGAAUGACAGUGGUUGUAUACAUUUAAACAAUUUUAAGGCCGCGAAAGGAAUAAGUCCUUAUAAAAUCGUGCAUGCAUUUUUUGUGUCGUGCACAUCAUACGAAGCAAGGAGAUACAAGGCUACAUCAUGUCUUUGCUUUACCUGUGGAAAACCUGGUCCAAGAAUGCAUUCAUGUCUCCACUGCAUUUUUUUUGCCUGUUAUGGUGGACAUAUUCAAGACCAUGCCAAGACUAAGAAACAUUACUUGUAUGUGGACCUCAGCUAUGGCAAUGUUUUUUGUGCACAAUGCCAAGAUUAUAUAUAUGACAGAGAACUUACUGACAUAUCUAGAACUCACAGAGCAAAGGAAGCUAAGUCUUUGGGCAUGAGUGUACCAUAUACUCCUUGGUUGCCUAAUAAUAAUGAAGCCAUGGCUCUCAGACGCUUAAGAAAACGCAGACUUAUUAGUUCUCACACCACAAUUGGCCUUAGAGGUCUACAAAACCUGGGCUCUACUUGCUUCAUGAACUGCAUUGUUCAAACCCUAAUACAUACGCCAUUACUAAGGGACUAUUUCUUAGGAGAGAAGCACAAAUGCAAAACGCAGGGAUCUGGAAAAUGCCUUGUUUGCGAAGUUUCCAAGCUAUUCCAGGAGUUCUACUCCGGUGCCAAGACGCCACUAACCCUGCAUCGGCUGCUGCAUCUAAUCUGGACCCACGCGCGCCAUCUCGCCGGCUACGAGCAGCAGGACGCGCACGAGUUCUUCAUUGCUACACUCGAUGUCUUACAUAGGCACUGCAUGAAUGGAGUUGAAGAUACGGAGAAGAAGGAAAAUGGUCGCUGCAAUUGUAUAAUAGACCAAAUAUUCACCGGCGGGUUACAGAGCGAUGUUGUAUGCACGUCUUGCUCAGGCGUGUCCACUACUAUAGAUCCCUUCUGGGACAUAAGUCUGGACGUGGCCGGCCCAGGCUCCUUACAAGCCUGCUUAGAACGCUUCACCAGAGCCGAACACUUGGGCUCGGCGGCAAAAAUCAAAUGCUCAAACUGCAGAGCCUACCGGGAAUCCACAAAACAAUUAACUCUAGAAACUUUGCCAAUAGUAGCAAGUUUCCACCUAAAACGCUUUGAGCACUCAUCACAAAUAGAUAGGAAGAUAUCCGCGUUUAUCUCCUUUCCAGCGGAACUAGAUAUGACACCAUUCAUGUCCACUCACAGAAGAGCUGUGGACGCCGCUGAUAAUAACAAUGCUCCUGAAGGAGUAAUUGAAGAUAAUAGAUACUCUUUAUUUGCUGUGGUAAACCACCUGGGGUCUCUCGACGCUGGUCACUAUACAGCGUACGUACGCCAGAUGAAGGGCAGCUGGUUCAAAUGUGACGACCACAUGAUUACCCGAGCGUCCUUGCGUGAGGUCUUGGACAGUGAAGGAUAUCUUCUCUUCUACCACAAGACUGUUCUGGAAUAUGAAUGCGAAGUAUCU